AGCCUAACCCAUCCUUUCCCUCCUUAACCAAACACCAAUCAUGGCAUCGAUACUACACUCUUUGAUCUUAUUUUCUUUGAUCACUUUGUCAUUAGCAUUGGACCUGUCAAGUGGACGUAGUAACGAGGACGUUAUGACCUUGUACGAGAAAUGGUUGGUAAAACACCAUAAAGUGUACAACGGAUUAGGAGAGAAAGAACAAAGAUUUCAAAUAUUUAAGGAUAAUUUAAAAUUCAUUGAUGAGCACAAUGCUCAAAAUCACAGUUAUAGAGUUGGGUUGAACGAGUUUGCAGAUAUCACUAAUGAAGAAUAUCGUAUGAAUUUUUGCACGAGGACUAGUAGUAUUAAAAAUAAGAUCAUCAGCAGUGAACGAUAUGCUUAUAAGAUAGAUGAUAGUGAGAUAUUGCCUGCGUCUGUUGAUUGGAGAUGGGCUUUUGGUCCUAUCAAAAAGCAAGGAAGUUGUGGAGCUUGUUGGGCGUAUUCCGUAGUAGCAGCAAUGGAAGCGAUUAACAAGAUAGUGACAGGGAAGUUUGUGAAUCUGUCUGUACAAGAGCUUGUGGACUGUGAUAGAAAAUUUAAUAAAGGGUGCAAAGGUGGUUUCAUGGGCCAUGCCUUCGAGUUCAUCAUUGAAAAUGGUGGUCUUGACUCAGAGGAAGACUAUCCAAACCAAGAACGUGAAGGCAAAUGUGAUCAAGCAAAAAAAAAUACCAAGGUAGUGAGUAUUGAUGGAUAUGAGAAUGUUACAAGAUAUAAUGAAAAUGCAUUAAAGAAAGCUAUGGCUCAUCAACCUGUCACCGUUGCUUUUGAGGCUUCUGGAAGGGCUUUGCAGCUCUAUCAAUCUGGUGUAUUUAGUGGUAAUUGUGGGACAAGCUUAGAUCAUGGUGUGGUGGUUGUUGGAUAUGGUUCUGAAAAUGGUAUAGAUUAUUGGUUGGUGAGAAACUCAUGGGGCACUAACUGGGGUGAAAAUGGUUACUUCAAGAUAGAGCGUAAUUAUAGAUACAACAGAGGAGGCAAGUGUGGCAUCGCAAUGUUCCCUGCAUACCCAGUGAAGCAUGCUCAAAACUCUGCAAUUACUAAGUUAGCUGAUGAAAAAAUUCAAGUGCUUGUUACCAGUGUUUGAAACAGCAUCACAUCUCAUUAUCUCAAUAAUUGAUUAGUAAGGCUUUUGGAUUAUAUAUUGUAUUAAUCUUGCAAUAAUCACUUGUAA